UGGUUGGACUCUUCAAAUGUGUCAAUUGAUAGUCUUUUGCUCGUUAUAUUCAGGGGGACAUAUAUAUAUAUAUAUAUAUAUAUAUAUAUAUAUAUCUGAUGAGCAUGCUGUUGUUCUAAGCGUUAAAACAGAGGAUCAAAGACGCUUCCAUCAUCAAAAUAUAUAUAAGGUAUCGAGCCUUUGGCUAAUUGUCUUGUGUAGAGAUGAGAUAGCAGACGAAUCAGCUCGGGUCGUAAGAUGUUGCUCUUCUCUUCUGAUCAACGACUGUUAACAUAUGUCAAUGAGGAGCACCCGGAUUGGGAAGUGAGAGAUGGGUUUUGUUGUGUUCCAGAAAGCCAAAGAAACUGCACCAUGCAGGCACCUUCCGUCUCUGCAACUCAUCAAACCACACUCUCAGAGAGCUCGAGCAUUAGCGAAUAUGUGGCCUAAAUGCAUUUCUCCGGGUUGAUUUGUCGGCUGCUUUAUAAUGUUAAGUCUCCUCUUACCCAAUCACAAAGAAGUUCAAUUGUUUUUUUCUUUCUUUUUAGUCCUUUUAAAGAAAAUUAAUUUCAUUCUCGUUGAUAUAAUUAACAGUUUAUUCUAAAAAUUUAACUUGUAAAUAACGUAUGGAAUGUGUUAAAUAGUGUGCAGUGGCUCCACUUGGAUCUCUCUUACUUACUCCAUUAUCUUCUUUUUCUUCUUCUUCUCUCUCACAUCUCAUUAAAUCGGAGCACAAAUGGCGAGCUCUGCAUCUUUAGCGAUCGUUCUUCAUCAAUCUUCCAAUCAUGACGAACUCUUCAUGAAACAGACUCUUCAAUUCUCAGAAACUCUCAAGGACUUAAAGAACUUGCGGAAACAGUUAUACUCAGCUGCUGAGUACUUCGAAACAUCUUAUGGCAAAGAAGAACACAAAGAAACGGUGAUAGAAACGUUGAAAGAGUAUGCAGCUAAGGCAGUAGUGAACACAGUGGAUCAUCUUGGUUCUGUCUCUGACAAAUUCAACUCCUUUCUCUCUGAUAACUCAACCCAUUUCUCCAUCACGCAUCUUCGUUUAUCUUCUCUCGAACAAAGGAUGAAACUAUGCAGAGAGUAUAUGGGGAAGAGUGGGACUUAUCAGCAUUGCUUUCUCAUUCAAACUCCUCACCAUCAUAAGCGUUACUUCUUCCCUAAACAUGGAAGAGGUGAACAAAGAGGCACAAGCUUCUCUGCAGGAGAUGACUCCCAUCGAUUCAAGAGUGGUAACUCAAUAUCUUAUUGUUUUUUUUUUGUUUCUGGUUUUUUUUCUCGUAUGUUAUCUGAAUCUUUCUCCUGGUCUGCCCUGAAAGCUGUUCGAUCAACAAUACUGGAAAACCACCCAAAUACUGCAAGGAAAGCUACUAACAAGACAGGAAGCUUCUCCUUCUCACCCAUCCUACACAACAACAUGAGCAACAGAACACAAAGUAAAAGAACAAACUCUCCUAUGAGAUUUGCUCUCUUACGUUCAGGAUCUCUACUGAAACGUUCAAGCUCCCCAAGCCAGCCAAGAAUACUGGCCUUACCGGAGCCACAAAGAGCGAUAUCAGUGUCGAGAAAUAGAGAGAUAGUGGAGAUAAAGCAAUCUUGUUCGAGAAAGGGGAACAAGAGUCUGAUGUUCAAGGCAUUGAUGAGUAUGAGCAAGUCCAGAAACUAAUUUAAUGUUCAUCCUCCUCCUGAAUCUUACUAUCUUAUAGAUGCUCAAGGCUUGCUUGAAAGUGGUGUGUGAAUUUGCAAUUAGAAGAAACACACACAACUAUGUCCAACUGUUAGUUUCUUCACUUCCUUGUACACUCUUUAUAGCUUUUGAUCUUUAGACUUUUGAGUCGAUCAAUAAUUUCUUGUAUGUACAAUUGACUUGUCAUCUUCAGUGAAACAAUUUCUUUUAUCAUUUUUGUUUAA